GCUUUACCAAAUUCGCGUGGGUCUCCGCGUGUCACCCAAGGUGCCGGUUCACAUCGAGGCGUCAGUGUCCAGCAGUAAUGGGGCAGCGAGAACCGGCCGGCCCGCCGCCAAUGCCUCGCUCAUCGGUGGCCUUGCGGCUUCCAGGGCCUUCCAGAUAAUGUACAGGAACGAGGAGGUCACGCUAAGAGACAUCGUACAUUUUAGAGCUCAUUUGCUGGUUGACAGUCGAAACUUGAAAGAAUCGUUAGAGCGAGCAGAAUGGAGUCUUGGGGUGGAGUUGUGGUGCAGCGAGGGCGCGCAGUCGAGCACCCUGGCACCUGUCUCCUGCCGAGUGCUGAAGCUGCACUUCCAACCAUCCCAGGGUCUGCAUUACCACCUGCCCGUGCUCUUCGAUUACUUCCACCUGUCGGCUGUCUCCAUAACAAUACAUGCCAGUCUAGUUGCUUUGCAUCAACCGUACAUCAACACGCCCCGCUCGAGCAAACAGUGGGGCAAGUUAAUGAAGAGCGCUGGAUCCAACUUCAGCGCGUCGGGCAGCUUCGAGAACGUGUUGUUCGGAUCCACGGGCAAGUGCGCUGGCGGCAACUCCGGCAAAAUAGCUCACGCCAGGCAAGUCCAUGCAGAAGUAUGCGGGAUUCUGCUGGGAUCCCUAGAAGGUUUGCAAAGUGCGUUAACAGUGUGCGGCUCAACGGGUGUCAUGCUUACUCCAGAAGAGUCCACAUCUAAUUCAGUCGUUGGAGAAGUAGCGCAGAGGAUAAAGGAUCUCAGUGAUUUUGGAAAAAAUUUGCAGAAAUCCGAGUGCGGUGAAGAGGAGGAAUGGGCGAUGAGCGCCGCUCACGACAUCGCGCGUUUAUGUGCGGAGGUGACGCUUCGCUGGCGCGCAUUCCUGCACCACACCACCGACCGACCACACGUCCACCACGCGCUUGCAGCUCGACAUCAUGCAUUACGCAACGAGUACCUUGCUUCCUGGAAAUGUCCAGCCUGCAAUAAUGUCACUAGGCGUGUUAGAACCAAUUGCAAUACUCCUGUACGCUGCCAUCAGGUGCCGGUGAAUGAGGACUCGAUGAAUAUGUCUCUUGAUAAUCUCGACCGUUCCGAAUUAAUGGAGGAGUCUAACGCAUCAGGUGUCUUAAUAACAUCACCUGGAUUGGGUGAAGCGGUUACCAUUGAGAAGAUUGGACAAAUACUUGACCAAAAGUUAAAUGAUACGUUAACUCAUUUCAUGUCGAGCUUCCGUAAUGCUUUAAAGGAAGAUCUGAAAAUUAUGGUUAAGAGUGAAAUGGCAGAUGCUCUUCAACAACUUAAGCUUGGUUUUAAUGACAGCAUCACCACUCUCUCCACCGGACAAGAUCAACUCAAAACUGAACAAGUAACGUUGAAACGUCAGUUGGAGGUACAGUCCUCCAUUAUUGAAAGAAUCAUCGAUGAGAACUCACGUUUGAAAGAAUCUCUACGUAAGCUGGACAAUCAACUUAAUGCUAUGGAUAAGCUGUCAAGAAGUCAUAACAUUGAAAUUCAGGCUGUACCUGAAUCUCGCAAUGAAAAUCUUUUUGCUCUUGUCAAGAAAUUAACAGACUUGCUUGAAAUCUCUAUCGACGACUCAUCUUUGCGUGCAUGUCGCCGUAUUGCGAAAAUAGAUUCUCGUCCCGUCGCCCUCGCAACAUACUGA